GUUGCUGGGGGUGGAUGGGAGGAGGAGCUGUCGCGACCCCUGUGGAAUCAGUAUUUUCUGUUUUUACCUGAGCCGUCUUUCAUCCUCCAUCGCACCCUGACUCCCGUGUGUCGAGGGGGAGUUCCUGCGGACACCCGGCACGCAGUGGAGAUGCCUCUCUUUGCCACCAAUCCCUUCGACCAGGAUGUUGAGAAAGCAACCAGUGAGAUGAAUACCGCUGAGGACUGGGGCCUCAUCUUGGAUAUUUGCGAUAAGGUCGGCCAGUCUCGUACUGGACCUAAAGACUGUCUUCGAUCUAUUAUGAGGAGGGUGAACCAUAAAGACCCCCAUGUUGCCAUGCAAGCUCUGACUCUUCUAGGAGCAUGUGUAUCAAACUGUGGCAAAAUUUUUCAUUUAGAAGUAUGUUCAAGAGAUUUUGCAAGUGAAGUAAGCAACGUAUUAAAUAAGGGUCAUCCUAAAGUAUGUGAAAAAUUAAAGGCUCUUAUGGUCGAAUGGACAGAUGAAUUUAAGAAUGAUCCACAGCUUAGUCUAAUAUCUGCAAUGAUUAAGAACCUUAAGGAACAAGGAGUUACAUUCCCAGCUAUUGGCUCUCAGGCUGCAGAACAAGCGAAAGCAAGCCCAGCUCUAGUAGCCAAGGAUCCUGGCACUGUGGCUAACAAAAAAGAAGAAGAAGAUUUAGCAAAAGCCAUUGAGUUGUCCCUCAAGGAGCAAAGGCAGCAGUCAUCUGCUCUUUCCACUUUGUAUCCAAGCACUUCCAAUCUCCUAACUAAUCACCAACAUGAAGGCCGAAAAGUUCGUGCUAUAUAUGACUUUGAAGCAGCUGAAGACAAUGAACUUACUUUUAAAGCUGGAGAAAUUAUUACAGUUCUUGAUGAUAGUGAUCCCAACUGGUGGAAAGGUGAAACCCAUCAAGGCAUAGGAUUAUUUCCCUCUAAUUUUGUGACUGCAGAUCUCACUGCUGAACCAGAAAUGAUUAAAACUGAGAAGAAGACGGUACAGUUUAGCGAUGAUGUUCAGAUAGAGACAAUAGAGCCAGAACCGGAACCAGCCUUUAUUGAUGAAGAUAAAAUGGACCAGUUACUACAGAUGUUGCAAAGUACAGACCCCAGUGAUAAUCAGCCAGAUCUACCAGAGCUACUUCAUCUAGAAGCAAUGUGUCACCAGAUGGGGCCUCUCAUUGAUGAAAAGCUGGAAGAUAUCGAUAGAAGACAUUCAGAACUCUCAGAACUUAAUGUUAAAGUGAUGGAGGCGCUUUCAUUAUAUACGAAGUUAAUGAAUGAAGAUCCAAUGUAUUCCAUGUAUGCAAAACUGCAGAAUCAGCAGUAUUAUAUGCAGCCAUCUGGUGUUUCUGGUUCUCAGGUAUAUCCAGGGCCUCAACAAAGUAGUGCUUACCUGGUUGCAGGGAGUGCACAGAUGAGCCAUCUCCAGAGCUACAGUCUUCCCCCUGAGCAGCUAUCUUCUCUCAGCCAAGGAGCCGUUCCGCCAUCAGCAAACCCAGCCCUUCCUACUCAGCAGACCCAGGCUGCUUACACGAAUGCAAUGGUCAGUUCUGUUCAAGGAAAUGCAUAUCCCAACCAGGCUCCAAUAUAUAGUCCUCCUCCUGCUGCUGCUGCUGCUGCACCUGCAGACGUCACUCUAUACCAGAAUGCAGGAACUAAUAUGUCCCAGGUGCCAAACUAUAAUUUAACAGCAUCAGCCCUGCCUCAACCAGGAGGCAGCCAACAGCCACCUCAGCCACAGCAACCAUAUUCUCAAAAGGCUCUGCUAUAGGACCUGGUGUUCCUUUUUUGUGGCACAUACCUGCUAAAUGCCGCUGACAAGGUUAGGAGAUUCAUUGCUACUUAAGAUUCGUUUAUCCUCAGCUUAUAGGAAUCAGUCUUGGUCAACAAGUUAAAAUACCCAAGAACAUAGAACUCUCUUCGAUUUGCACUGACUUGUUAGAGGUUCAUCCCUUUUCCUCCCCCAGAGGAAUGAAACUACUUACAACACUUAAUUCCUUUCGUAAUAUGAAGAAUUGAUACGUGAUUAGUGUCUCAUAAAAUUAUCUGGUCUGCAAAAAGUCAAACUUACAAAAACUGUUGUGGCAAAUGUUAUGCACAUAUGUUGAUAUGUAGCUUCAUUAGUGGCCGUUUCAGUCACAGUGGUGAUCAUGUGAGUGUUUAACACUGUGUUAAAUUAAUUUACAUUGCUAUUUUAUUUUAAUCAUGAACAGUUACCAUGUUUCCUAAUGUUUUGUGUAGAUUUAAGAUAAUUACACUAUCCUGUUAAACUGCAAGAGAGCAGCGUUGUAGCGUAUUUCCAGGCAGGCAUUGUUGUCCAUGGCUCAGUUUCACAUUAAGCUGACCUCCCUUUUAUUCAUUGUGACUGAACUUAUGUGUAUUAUGUGUUUCUGUAGUCUCUGCAUACUACUCGCUGUCAUCACACCAGCGGACAGUAGCUAAAUUUUUGGUGCAGUUACAGCAAAUGAUAAUGUUCCCUUUUAAACUUUACAUCUUGGCAUGAUAUUUCAGGUAUUGUGGGACCGUGAGACAAAAUUAAGUAGGAUCACAUUCUUUACAUCUUAAUUUUAAAGAAAUAAUGUUGAUUUACUUUUUCCUAGUUGAAGAUAGUAAUUAGGUUUCUAAGUGUAUAUUGUGUUUAUUGGUGGCAGUGACACCAAAGAUAGAGGCCAUGAAUAGAAAUUUUUUAACUGGAAAGAAAACAUUUAUUACACUACAUUUUCAAAGUCUCUUGUAAUUGUUUAGAAUAUAAACAAAAUUUGAUUCAUUUGUCUUACCCUACUACUAGUCUUUUAAAUAUGUCUUUAACACAUUGUAUCCUUUAAUUCUUCAUUAAAAUGGAUAUGAGAAGAUGUUUCAAAAUAAUUUAUAUUCCUGGCUUUGCUUAACAGUUUAUGUAUUUAUUACUGUGUUUCAAACUGGAGU